AUGACCACGUUUCAAUGUCCGAAUGGCUUUUACAUGUCAAAGUUCAACUCGGCUCACGACGGAUCAGAACGACUGUACAAGUUCGGAUGUUCCAAAUUUUCAAACAAAAUGAUGGUAAGAAUGACAUGCCUUAGCUUACGUCAUCUACCCUACCCUACCCUACCCUACCCUACCCUACCCUACUCUAUUCUACCCUACCCUACCCUACCCUACCCUACCCUACCCUACCCUACCCUACCCUACCCUACCCUACCCUACCCUACCCUACCCUACCCUACCCUACUCUACCCUACCCUACCCUACCCUACUUUACCCUACCCUACCCUACCUUACCCCUACCCUACCCUACCCUACCCUACCCUACCCUACCCUACCCUACCCUACCCUACCCUACCCUACCCUACCCUACCCUACUCUACCCUACCCUACCCUACCCAACCUUACCCUACCCUACCCUACCCUAUCUUACCCUACCCUACCCUACCCUACCCUACCCUACCCUACCCUACCCUACCCUACCCUACCCUACCCUACCCUACCCUACCCUACCCUACCCUACCCUAUCCUAUCCUAUCCUAUCCUACCCUGUGACAUGCCCUAUACCAUGCUAGCUCUUUUUGCCAUGCCCUGCCCCUCUUAAUUUACAAUUUCCAGAGUUUUGACGAAGAAUGCACAACGACAGAAUCCGCCUCCACAGCCAAUGGUGAUAUGUACUUGAGUUGUGGCAGUGAUCAAUAUACAGUAGGAGUUGAGAUAAUAGAAGACGUACGAACAGGCAUCGACUCAUGGCAGCUUUUAUGUUGUCGUAGCGAUUCUGUGAAGCUUCGAAUUGGAGAUUGUAUCGACACGAAGUUCAUCAACGACCAUCGACGAGCUUCAUCCUUCAGUUCGUCGGCUCAAAUCAUCCGGAAAUGGCAGGCGAUGAGCGAAAGCGGGUUAGUAGUGGCAUUUUUAAUUAAAGUGGAGUUUAAAUUUUUUUUUAUUUUAAAAAAAAGUGAGGGUAGAGUGUAUUUAUCUAUACCAUAUUACACCACCCAUUUCAGUGAUCGUCGCUGGUGGCUUCAAAUAUGUCCAGUUGACUUUGAAUUGAAAAAACCAUCGAAUGUUGGAGAGAUCAGAGCCAGAAGGCAAGUGCCAUGGGAAUGGCAACGAGGCCGCUUCCCCGCUGAUAUCCAGGUAAAAUACGAAUUGGAGAAUUUUCGUACAGUAAGAAGCCAAUAUAAUAGAAGAUUUAAAAAAAUGUCUGUAAAAAAUUAAAUUUGAUCAACGUUUUUGGCAAGGAGGAUUAUCAAUUUGAACUUACUAAGAAGGUGCUCCACCUGCCCCAUUUUGAUUAACUUCCACCUUUUUAUAUAGAAAAUUUGUGUAGAUAUAAGAUCUUCAGCAAAGUACUAAAUUGCCCUUUCCAGUAAAUCUCGAGAAAAUCGAGAUCAAAAAAAUUACGUUUUUUGAAUUUCCCGCCAAGUUGGCAUUGUGUUUCUGUGUCAUUUUUUUGACUUUUAAUCAUUUUUUCUGACAUAUAUACUAUUAGAAAAGCUUUAAAUUGACCUACUUUUUGAAAUUUGUAAGCGUAGCUUGUCUGGAAAGUCAAAAAAGUGCUUGAAACAGAAUGCCAAAUUCGCCAAAUUGACAGAAAACUCAAAUAUUUGAAUUUAUAAACAGAAAAUCGCAAGUUUAAAUUUUUUAUGAGUACUAUUGAUGGUACAAAGAAAUUAUAUAUAAUUGAGCUGAUUCUGAAGGACAGGUUGGGUGGGUGCUUUCUUUGUUAAUGAGUUUCGAAAAAAAAUUUUGAAUUUGUACUCAUUCCACAAAAUAAAUUUUCUGUUCUACCCUCAGGCUAAAAUUUUCCGCUAUGUAAUGCCCAGCCAUGAAAACAAGAAAAAAAAUUAUUGAUUUUUUAAAAAUUUAAAAAAGUUUUGAUUUUCAGGCCUACAACCCAUUAUUCAUGGACCAAAUGAAGCGCGACGAAGAAGAGCGAAAGAAAAUGUUUGAAAAUUUAGUUCAAAAUGGACAAAACUCUCCAAUGCUUGGAGCCAGAAUCGAAGCUACGAACCCUAUUCCACUACCAAGCAACACCAACUUGUUACCUACGUUUCCACCCAUUGGACUACCACCAACUCUGUUUGACUUUCCUACUACGCCUAAAGUUACUACCAGUAGUACUACUUCGGUUCCUACUUAUGUGAGUUGGAUAUUAGGUUUGGAAAAAAAACCUAAAAUGAUACAGUAACCUUGUUUUUUAGCAAUAUUUAAUAAAUAUAAAAUAUUUUUUUUACUGUAAACAGUUAUUGUAAAGAAAAUAUUUUCAGCUGAACGAUCGUGCCAUAUCAACAAAAAGCACAACUACAACAACGGCCAAUCCGGCUAUAGAAGCCUUGGACUACUAUGAUAUGUAUGACGAACAUUUUGAUAAGAAGAAGCAUACAGAAGGCGGAAUUCUUCGUGGUGUUUCUGAUCUGCUACAGAAUCUACAGGUAUAUUACUCUCUUUAUGUAAGCAACGCGACGGGACCAUUUUCACUACAGGGGGCGCAGUAUUUACCCAGUUAUAGUGCGAAUGGGCCUCCAUUUGUAAUAUAAAAUUGUUCAAAUAAUUCUGUGCCCCCUAACACCGAAAAUUUGCUUUGAAGGGGGGUGGGGGGGGGGCAGAACUAUUUGAAUCACCUAAUAAUAAAAAUACUUCGAAUUACUAAAUUUUACUCAUAAAUUUCAGGACGGUCUAACACUAGCUCAAGUAGCCUUCCCACAGCAUGAUAAUCAUGCGCUUCAUGUUCCUCAUCACACCACCAAACCUCCACCCACAUUCAUGUUUGCUAAUGAUGAGGAUAGUUUACAAAUUGGGUCGUUUGUUCAGCAAAUGGAUCAGUAGGUUUAUAUUUAUUUUUAUAUACUUCAGGGAUUAUUUCAAAAAAAAAAACGUGAAGCUCUACGUAUUUUACCCAAAAACUUCAUUUUAAUGCAAUUUUAAAAUUUUUUAUCAAAACAUGCAAAUUUUUUAUAAUUCAUUAUAUUUAAAAGAUAGUAUUUGCCAUCAAAUGCUAUAUGAAACAAAAGAUAAAAAAAACCGUAUCUUACCAAAAAAAAUUUCAGAAAACCCGGCCCUUACCCUCGGCCGCCCGCCUCCACUCAACCUCCCCCACCCGCGCCCAAAGUCAAUGCCAUUGAGAACAUGUUACAGAUGGUGGGGCUGUGCAAUGGGCAUUAG